AUGAUCCUACUUUUGUUAAUAUCGUUAAUUCUUGUUUCUCCCGGUCUUGGAGGCCAAGAUGAAACGGCAAAAUUUACAAGAACAUUGUUACGAAAUCAUAAUUGGGUUAGACAAACCAGAAAUAAAUGUGAUUCUCGUUGGAGUACAUCUGAGAAAAAGCUUGAGGAUUUUAUAUGGGAUGAUGGAUUAUAUGUGACCGCUCAACAGUAUGCAGAAAAGUGUGAAAAUAUACCUAGUGGUUUACAAGACAGAACUACGUGUAGAUGGAAAUCAGUUGGUCAAAAUGUUGCUCAAGUUUCUUCAGUUUAUGAUGCUAUCAAUGUUUGGCGAGAUGGAAGUCGAUUUUAUAAUCUUAAAAAUGAUGAAUGUGUAGUGAAUCAUGAUUGUUCUAUGUAUAAACAAGCAGGAGGUAAAGCUGGAAAAGACUCUGGUAAAGCAAAGGCCAAGGCAAUUUCUCGAUCACAUCGCGCAGGUCUCCAAUUUCCUGUUGGUCGUAUCCACCGUCAUUUAAAAGCACGCACUACUAGUCAUGGAAGAGUUGGCGCUACUGCUGCAGUCUAUUCGGCAGCUAUUCUGGAGUACCUCACUGCAGAAGUUCUCGAACUAGCUGGGAAUGCAAGUAAAGACUUGAAAGUCAAACGUAUAACACCUCGGCAUCUUCAGUUGGCCAUUCGUGGAGAUGAAGAACUUGAUACAUUAAUCAAGGCAACCAUUGCAGGUGGUGGUGUUAUCCCCCACAUCCACAAAUCCCUUAUUGGCAAAAAACUACCUCCACCUAAACCCCUUUCGAUGUAA